UGAGGGAGGCAGAGCCGUUUGUCUGCUGCAGAUUGAUGUCUGUGUCCUUGGAACAGAAGUGAAUUCUGCCUCUGCCAGCUGAGUGCACAGCUAUGGUGACAGCUUGAAGAUGUAGAUAAUGCUUUCCUAACUGACCCCUACCUGUGCCUCCAGAACUCAUGGCUUCUUCCAGAUUCAGUGGCCCAGACAGUGGGUAUCACUUGGGACUCACCCCUCUCUGGGCAGCAAAGAGCAUCCCUUGAGAUUCCAGAGGCCAAUGAGACUAAACAGUCAGGCUUUCAGGAGGCCAUGGGAACAUUCUUCUCCAAGGCCCCUUCCUAAAUCUCUGGCCCCAGGUCUUUCGUGAACUCAUGCCCACUGGACCACCAGGGGAAAUGGCCUCUGAGACCUUGAAAGCUGGAGAUCCAGGUGCAAUUCUGACUUCUUAAUCAGUCCCAGCCCUAGGACAGAGCUUAAGUUUUCUUAGAAGAAGUGCCAGGACCUUUAAAGGCCGCCUUUCAUCUCUGUCACAUCAUAUCCCUCCCACCACUCAGACACAGCACCCAGAGGAAGCACCCAGCAGGCAUGGGUGACAGGGGCACAAAAGAUCUGCAGGGACCCUUGCAAAACCUGCUGACGGCUGCCCCAGCUUCGUCCUGGUCUCCUCAUUUCUCAAGCUUUGAUCACCCUUUCAGACCCUAAGGUAUCUCAACUGGGUCCCUGCUCCCCAGGCUCUGCAAAAGGGACAUCCUGUGGAUCUUAGGAAGCCUUGGAUGCUUAGAGGCUCCCAAGGAAGUCUUAAACCAUGAUAGCACACUCUCAGAAGCCCCACCUCCCAGACUCAGGCCUCUAAUGUAGCAGCCUCCCUGUCCCUUGACUGUUGAACCUAGGGAUCCAGCUCUGAUGGGCUCCCUACAGUAUUGCUGCUGCCAGCUACCAAAGAUGGGAGACACCUGGGCCCAGCUUCCCUGGCCCGGGCCUCCCCACCCAGCUUUGUUGCUGGUCUUCUUCCUCUUGGCAGCUGGAGUGAUGCACUCUGAUGCCGGUACCAGUUGCCCAGUCCUUUGUACAUGUCGUAACCAAGUAGUGGACUGCAGCAGCCAGCGGUUGUUCUCUGUACCCCCGGACCUGCCAAGGGACACCCGCAACCUCAGCCUGGCCCACAAUCGCAUUGCAGCCGUGCCGCCGGGCUAUCUCACAUGCUACAUGGAACUCCGUGUGCUGGAUUUGCGCAACAACUCCUUGAUGGAGCUGCCGCAGGGCCUCUUUCUCCAUGCCAAGCGCUUAGCACACCUGGAUCUGAGCUACAACAACCUCAGCCAUGUGCCAGCUGACAUGUUUCGAGAGGCUCAUGGACUGGUGCAUAUCGACCUGAGCCACAACCCCUGGCUACGGAGGGUGCAUCCUCAGGCCUUCCAGGGCCUCGUGCAUCUCAGAGACCUGGACCUCAGCUAUGGUGGCCUGGCUUUCCUAAGCCUUGAAGCCCUUGAGGGCCUCCCGGGGCUGGUGACCCUGCAGAUCGGGGGUAACCCGUGGGUGUGCGGCUGCACCAUGGAGCCCUUGCUGAAGUGGCUGCGGAAUCGGAUACAGCGCUGUACAGCGGAUUCUCAGCUGGCGGAGUGUCGGGGUCCCCCUGAAGUUGAGGGUGCCCCCCUCUUUUCACUCACUGAAGAGAGCUUCAAGGCCUGCCACCUGACUCUGACCCUGGAUGAUUACCUUUUCAUCGCGUUUGUGGGCUUUGUGGUCUCCAUCGCUUCUGUGGCCACCAACUUCCUCCUGGGCAUCACCGCCAACUGCUGUCACCGCUGGAGCAAGGCCAGUGAAGAAGAAGAGAUCUGACACAGGUGCCUCUCAUCCUUCCAUGCUGCUGCCACUGCUGUUGACCACUGGACACCUGUGAUCAUGGUGCCCUGGCCACCUCCAUCAUAGUUCAAACAAGGUUGGGAAACUAACUUUGUAUGAGCAUCUGUCCACUUUGGGCCAGGCACUGUGCCAGCUACUGGGAAUGAAAGACAAAUCGAACCCAGUCCCUGCCCUUGAGGUCCUUACUUUUAAUAAAGAGAGCAAUUCCAAAACA